CCCACUCGCUGCACGCAUGCGCAGUGGGCCGCAGAGCCGCCAUGCCGGAACCGCGAGGGUCGUCUCCUCUGCGGGUCAACGCGGCGUUUGCCGCGCGGUACGGCCGCUACCGGGAGCGCGAGGAGCUGCAGCGGCUUAAAGAUCGCUACGGGGACCGGGACAGUGGCGGCGACUCCAGCUCCGAGUCUGACUCUAGCGACGAGCGCGUGGAAUUUGACCCCCAGCAAGAGCGUGACUUUUACACAACUCUCUCCUUGUUGAAGAAGAAGGACCCCCGCAUUUAUCAGAAGGAUGCCACCUUCUAUCAGAAAACAGCAGUAUCGUCCUCGGAGAGCGAGGAGGCUGAGGAAGCUGAAAAGAAGCAAAAGAAGAUGCGUCCUAUGUACCUGAAGGACUAUGAAAGGAAGGUUAUCUUGGAGAAAGAAGGCAAAUAUGUCGACGAGGAAAAUUCAGAUGCAGAGAGCUCCGACCGGAGAUUCCCACAGCACACGUCGCAGAGUUAUGUAGAGGAACAGAAACAGCUCAAGGAAAGCUUCCGGGCAUUCGUGGAGGACAGCGAUGAUGAGGACAGUGCCGGGGAAGGUUUGCUACAGAAACGUGCUCAAACCAAAGAGGAGAAGGCCCAGGAGGAUGCAGACUAUGUGGAGUGGCUGAAGGGGCAGAAGGAGAUUGACAACCCUGACACCCUGAAGGAACUGACCCACCUCAAGGAAUAUUGGAGCAACCCAGAGCUGGAUGAAGGAGAGCGGUUCCUGCGGGAUUAUAUCCUCAAUAAACGCUACGAGGAGGAGGAAGACGAGGAAGAGGAAGAGGAGGCAGAAGAGGAGGAAGGGGGCCCAAGCCUCCCCGUCCAGCUAGCCGUGGACGAUUCCUCAGACGAGGGGGAGCUGUUUCUGAAGAAGCAGGAGGACUUUGAGCACAAGUACAACUUCCGCUUCGAGGAGCCGGACUCGGCCUUGGUCAAGACCUACCCUCGAAGCAUUGCGUCCUCCGUGCGCCGCAAGGAUGAGCGCAGGAAGGAGAAGAGAGAGGAGACGCGGGAGCGGAAGAGGAGGGAGAAAGCGAAGAAGCAGGAAGAGCUCAAGCAGCUGAAGAACCUGAAAAGGAAAGAGAUUCUGGCCAAGCUGGAGAGGCUGCGGCAGGUCACAGGCAACGAAACCCUGGGGUUUGAGGAGCAGGACCUCGAGGACGACUUUGACCCCGCCCGCCAUGACCAGCUCAUGCAGAGAUGUUUUGGGGACGAGUACUAUGGCACCGUGGAGCAGGAGAAGCCGCAGUUUGAGGAAGAGGAAGGGCUUGAAGAUGACUGGAACUGGGACACAUGGGCUGGGACUGAGCAGGCUGGAGCUUGGGACCAGGAGCUGCACUGUGAGGACCCCGACUUCAAUAUGGAUGCGGACUACGACCCCAGCCAGCCGCGGAAGAAGCCGCGUGAGGCCCCCCAGACGGGCAAGAAGAAGCGGAAGUCCCCCUUUGCUGUAGCCGUGGGGCAGGAGAAGCCAGUGUUUGAGCCUGGCGACAAGACGUUCGAGGAGUACCUGGAUGAGUAUUACCGGCUGGAUUACGAGGACAUCAUUGACGACCUGCCCUGUCGCUUUAAGUACCGCACCGUGGUUCCCUGCGACUUUGGGCUGAGCACUGAGGAGAUCCUCGCUGCCAAUGACAAGGAGCUGAACCGGUGGUGCUCCCUGAAGAAAACCUGCAUGUACAGGUCAGAGCAGGAGGAACUGCAGGACAAGCGGGCGUAUAGCCAGAAGGCCCAGAACUUAUGGAAAAAGAGGCAGAUCUUCAAGUCACUUUGCCCAGAGGAGAUGGAGACACUUUCGGAAGCCACAGGAAAGCCACAGAGAGACAAAGACGGCCCGCAGGGACAGCUGCUGGCACCUGAUGGGGCUAGCGGGAAGCAGGCCCAGCCCAGGAGCCCCCCAGCACAGGAAGAAGCAGGCCCCGUGUCACAUACGCAGAAACCAGUCCCCCAGAGGCGGAGGAGGAGCAAGAAGGCGCGUCUCCUGGGCCCCACUGUGACACUCGGGGGGCGGGAGUUUAGCCGCCAGAGACUGCAGGCCUUUGGGCUCAACCCCAAACGGCUGCACUUCCGCCAGCUGGGCCGGCAACGGAGGAAGCCCCGGGGUCCCACGAGCGGCCCUUGAGCUCCAGGAAGCAGCCAGAGGCCCUGGGGUCCCUCCCUUCCAGUCAGCUCCUGGAUGCAUCUUCCUCACAGACUGUGUGGACCAUGUGUUGGCCCGUGGGCAGAGAAGUCUUGCUAUCUCACAGAUCUGGAAGCCGAGGCCUAGCUAACAAGCUCCCCCCCGCCAUCUCCCCUUGACAUACACCUUGGACCCCGUCCCUCAAAUGCUGGGCGAGCCACAGUCAAGUUAAACGGCUUUAUUAGCCCCCAGUGGCCACAGUUCCCCCACCACCCCUAGACCUCAGCAGGGUAGGGGCUUUGGGACCAGCGAGGGGCACGGGUGGUCCAGUGCAAACUACAGUACUAGAGUCAGGCCCUGAGUGGGUGUCUGGGAGCCCUCCCUCCCUGCCCUGGGCGGAGGGCCCAGCUGGCCAGAGGCAGGCGGACUGCCCCUGCCUGGAGGGCUCCCAGUUCCGAGGUUUCCUGGACUGGUCUCAGCUGCACUUGUCAAGGGGGUGAGAAGGGGAAGACCCAUCACCUCCAGGUUUCAAGCUCCCACACCCAGCAUGACAUAAAUAAAAAAAUAAAUAGUGCUCAUCUCCCCCAA